AUGAAGAACUAAUAGUUUUUAUAUACUAAAAAGUGGGUACAGGAUAAAGAAGCUAAAAAUUGUAAAAUAUGCCAAACUCCAUUUAAGGCAAUAUUCAGAAGGAAACAUCAUUGCAGGAAUUGUGGAGAUGUAUUUUGCGAUAGGUAAUUAUUUUGUUUUAAAGCUUAAAUUAGUUGUUCGAAUUUCUUUAUGGAUAAAACUAACUUUAAAAACUUUCAAGAUAUAAAAAAAAAUAAAGUAUGAUUGUCUGAUGAAUAAUAAGGUUCGAUUAUGUUAACAUUGCUAUUUUGAUAUUAACAAAAAGUUAAGAGAAAAUGGAGAGUUGAUUGAGAAUAAGAAUGAUAUUGGUCUUAUUGAUUAAUAAUAAGUGAGGAGACACUCAAAAUCAUUUAAUGUUUUAAAUGAGAAAUUGCCAGAAUCUGCAAAAGAAGUAUAUAUUGUUUUUAGAUAUAAAAGGCAUCCUCUCCUGCUACAUUACAACUAGUACCAUAGACAAUAAAUGAUUAAAAGCCCUUAUUGGUAGUUCAAAAGCUUCAGAUUCCUGAGAAUAUAACGAUAGGUGAUGACAUAGACCAAAAAUAAAAGAAAUUAGAAGAGUAAAUGAUCAAGAAAAUUGAAGAGUUUGUAGAAAGGAGAACAAUAGUUUAUGGAAUAAAUGAGAAUUGGUAAGGAGUGAUGUGCAAAUUCAUAACGAAUUCGAUUGAAGAUGUGAAGUAUCACUAGAUAGAUAACUAAUUGAAAAUGAAAAAUAAGGUAAGUUGUAUAAAGAUAAAAAUAAUUCCAUUCAUAAAUUACUCAGCUACUCGUUAUUUAAGAGGAGUAACAAUAAGAAAGAACAUAGUUCAUAAACGUAUGAAAACUCAUCACAAAAAGCCUUCAUUUUUAUUAUUGAGUGGAUCCUUAGAUCUGGACAUUCAGAAUUUCGAUAAUGUAGUAAAGAAUUAGAGUAAGUAUAUUCAAUAAGCUUUGGAGUAAAUAGAGAUGCUUAAUCCAAAUAUAAUUUUAGUGGAGAAGAGCAUAAACAAUAUCUUAUUGAAUGAAUUGGUUAAGAAAGAUAUAACAGUUUCUAUUCAAUGCAAAUCAACUUAACUCAAGAAGAUUGAACAAGCAGUUUAAGGAAGAAUAUAGAAAGCUAUUGAUGUUUUUAAAAAGCGUUGUGAUAAAGAUUGCAUUGGUAAAGCUGAUACUGCAUCUUAUGUUUGUUGUGAUCCAGAAACUAUUAAAUAAAAUUUUAGUCUCUAUAAUUAAUUGGAUGAUAAAGACAAAUAAUUGUUAGAAGUACAUCUAGAAAAAAAGAAAAAUAGAGAUCAAACUUUAUUAUUUAUUCACACACCUUAAUCUAAUAAUUCAUUUUAAAUUACUUUAAGUGGACCUAAAAUAAAUGAAUUAAUUAAUGUUAAAUAAUGUUUUUAAGAAUUAUUUUGUAUUUGUUUUUAGAUGUCUUUAGAAUUUGAAAUGAUACUGUUGGAUUAUAAAAUUAAAUAGGAUUUAGAACUCAAAUAUAAAUCAAAUGAUGAUGAACUUUCCCCUAUGAUUACUUGUGGAGAAAUAUCCGAUUUCUCUGUUUAAUUAAUGACAGAUUAUGAAAACUCAGCUAUUAAAAUUUGCAAGUUACGUUAUCAUCCAGCUAUAAUCAGUAAGAUUCAUGAUAUACAAAAAAAAAAUAAGUAAAUAAUAUAUUAUUAAUAUCAGUGAUGAAAACUUGGAAAAUUAUAUCUAGGAAAAUAUCAAAAAUAUUAAUAAUAAGAAAAUUCCAUAUUUUUGUUAAUUGUGUGAUUGUUAAAAAGAAAUAGUUAGUUUUUAUGGGAAUUCUGGAUAAAAUUAAGAAGAUGUAAGUUUAGGGAAGUAUAUUAGUGAUAAAGCUAACAUUUAAGAAUCGAAAUGUGGAAAUUGUUAAACUAAAAAGAUCAACCAUGUCUCAAUAAGAUAUGGACCAGGAGCAUUUGUACGAUGUGUAGUUGAAAAAAAAAAAUAAUAAAAUUUAUAAGUGAAAGCAAGUACUAAUUUAAGUAAAGAAUUAAAGAAGGCAUCAAGUUUCCUUUAGCUUUAAUCUCUAAAUGAAGAGACUCUAACAUAAUCAGACAAUUCAUAAGUAGAAACUGAAUUUAGAUAACUAUAAUAAAUAGAUUUAAAUAUAGUGACUUAUAUCAAAUGUGCUAAUUCUAAUUGUGAUAAAUAAUUAACGAAAACUUAUAAAUUGGAGAAGAAUCAUUUGGAAUUUUCAUUCUACAAAUUGAUUUAAUAUCUUAUCAAAAAUACUCUAAGACUUAAGAAGAUAAAUAAGAAAGAUUGGCUUUUAUUUGAAGGAGAAAUCAAGGAAUAAGGAGAUAAAUUAGAUGGAUGUAAUCAUAGUUUAACUGAAAGAGUAUUUGAAUGUGAUGAAUAUUAAAUUAAACUCUUUACAAAUUUAUUUGAUAUUUAUCAAAUAAAAAAUUUUUAAUUUGAUUGUUAAGAAGUCAAAUAACAUAUUGAAAAAAGUGAUAAAGAUGAAUUAGAUAAAAGAAAAGACAUGUUGUUAUGCUUUCUACAAAAACUGUUAUAACUUAUUUAAUACUCUGAAAAAAGUGUUAGAAGUAGCUACAUGACUACAUCAACUUAAAUAUCACUUGUUUCUCCUGAGGGAAAGAAUUCUAAUCCAGCCUAAGAAACAUCUUCAAGUUUAAUAUCCAAUUUCAUUGAAAAAUUAUCAUAAACAUUAACUCUUGAUUUUAUUUAAUUAGAGUAAGAAAGCAUGUAGCUCUACUAACGUUUAUAUUAAUUAGAAGUAGCUGAAUAAAUGAGAAUUAACAGAAUAAGGAAUGAGUCAGAUUAUUCUAGAUCAAAAACAUCAAUGUUUUCUUUAGUAAGUAGUGAAAGUGGACCCUCCAUGAAGCACUCAAUUAGAAAAACAUAAAAAGAACAUUCCACAUUAAUACAACCAUAAACAAACAACAAUGAAAACUAAUACCCUGUAUAGCAUUAUUCCCCAAUACAAUUUACUUAAUCACCUGAAUCUCCUACUUAAGAAAAUCUUAAUUAAUCUGAAGAAUAAUCAGAAAUAGGAUUUGAAAAGACAAUAGACAACGAUUAAAAUUUUUGUAAAUAUUUAUUAGAGAAAUGGCCUAGAUUAGCCAUCAAUUCUGAUUAAUCUAAUUUACAAAUCAAAUCAUUUUAUGAAUACAUUCCUAUUUACAAUCAAAAUGAUAUAGGCCUAAUUGCAGCUGCAUUCAAUCAUCCUAAAUAUUAUGAUUUAUAUGAAAAUAAAUAUAAAUUUGUAGAAUUUUUGGAUAAAAUUGAAAAUACUUCUUCUUUAAAAGAAGUAGAAAUUGAAUCAGCAAUAAUUUUAAAAGAACAAUCUAAAUUAGCAAUUCCAGAAGAAUUUUAAAUUAAAUUAGCUAAAAAUAUUCCAUAUUUUAAAAAGGCCAGCUCAAAUAAUUUAUAAGAAAUAGAAGAGGAAGAAUAAAGUAUGAAUUAAACAUUAGCAGAAUCACCAAGAAAACCUUCUAAAAGUAUUUCGGUAUAAUUGUUUUAUCCAAAAUAAUUUGAAUGCAUUAGAAUAUUAAAUGGAAUAAAAAUCAAAUAAUUAAUUAAAUCAAUUACAAGUUGUUCUAAUUGGAAUUCAGCAGGUGGUAAAAGUGGCUCAACUUUCUUUAAAUCAGCCGAUAAUUUAUUUAUUUUCAAAGCUGUUAAAGAAUCUGAAUUUAAUAUGUUUGAAUCAUUUGCUCCAAAAUACUUUGAACAUAUUUAUUCAAGUAUCUUUGCUCAAAAACCUUCAGUCUUGAAUAAAAUUUAUGGAAUGUUUACUGUUAAAAAUUCUAAAGCGACAUCCUAUUUCAUAGCUAUGGAAAAUCUUUUUUGGGGAUUAGAGGGUGAAUUGACAGUUUAUGAUCUUAAAGGUAGUAAAGCUAAAAGAUGGAAUCGUAAAAAUCUUAAAACUCUUCUGGAUACAAAUUACAUUAUAGAUCGCAAUGGAGAGCCAUUACCAAUCUAAGAGUAAGAUUACCUAUUCUUAGAAAAAGCACUUGAAUCUGAUUCUCAAUUCUUACUUGAUGUAGCUGUUGUAGAUUAUUCUUUAUUGUUAAUCAUAGAUAAACAAAACCAUUAGAUUAAACUAUCAAUUAUCGAUUAUUUGCAAUGUUAUGACUUUAUGAAAAAAAUGGAAACAAAGUAAAUUUUAAAUUUUAAUUUAGAUUAAAAACUGCUAUUAAUUUAGGAACUGAUCCCACUAUAAUCAACCCAGCAGAAUAUAAAUAGCGAUUCAUUGAUGCUAUGAAAAAAUACUUUAUGGGAAUAUACUCAUCACUAUGAUUUAUUUAUAAAAUAACAAAAAAUCAAAAUAAG